AUGGACGAAGUUGAUACUAUGUUGGUAGACAACGUUAAGUCGUUUGCCGCCGGUGGCUUUGGUGGUAUUUGUGCCGUUUUGACGGGACAUCCGUUUGAUUUGGUUAAGGUUCGUUUGCAGACUGGAAUGUACUCGUCGGCCAUCCAGUGUGUGAAACAAACCGUGGUUAAGGAUGGUCUUUUCGGGCUUUACAGAGGUGUUUUACCACCCCUUUUGGGUGUCACUCCCAUGUUUGCCGUUUCUUUCUGGGGUUACGAUGUGGGUAAGAAAAUUGUCACCAGCUACUCAGGAGUAUCUGCUGAUAAGUUUUCUGUGGCCCAGAUCUCUACUGCUGGUUUCAUUUCUGCCAUUCCUACUACUCUUGUUGCAGCUCCAUUUGAGAGAAUCAAGGUCAUGAUGCAAAUUCAGGAAGGUAAGACAGGUGUCUCUAUGGGUUCCGUAGUAAAGGAAAUGUACAGGACUGGUGGUAUCAGAUCCAUUUUCAAGGGUUCUGCUGCUACGUUGGCCAGAGACGGUCCAGGUUCGGCUUUAUACUUCGCUACCUACGAGAUCUUGAAGGAAAAGUUAUCCACCCCAGGAAAGGACUUGUCUUUGGGUGCUAUUUCUACUGCUGGUGGUUUUGCUGGUGUUUCUAUGUGGUUGGGUGUUUUCCCAAUCGACACUAUCAAAUCGACACAACAAUCUUCUAACGUCAGCGUUUCGAUUCUCCAGACAACCAAGAACAUCUAUGCGAAGGGAGGAAUCAAGGCAUUCUUUCCUGGUGUUGGUCCAGCCUUGGCUAGAUCAUUCCCAGCCAAUGCAGCCACUUUCGUCGGUGUCGAAUUGGCCAGAGACUUCUUGAACAAGAUUGUCUAA